GAUCCGUAGGAGUCGGUCGGAGUCGGUCACAUGAUGAAUGCGGAAAUAACAUCUUUAGCCUAAAGGAGAUUUAACUGCGUUCCAAAGGCAUACAGGGAAAUCUGUGCGUGCGGAUAUGGAGCACCGGUUAGGCCGAGCGCCGGUGUUGUCUCCGCUGGAGGAGUCGAGUGAAGAGGUGAGCAGAGACAGCGGGAUCGUGUCCCAAAGCACCAGCACUGUGUCCAUGCUGAGCGAAGGCCUGAGCAACGGAAACGUCUCCCACAGCCCCAGUUUCGCCGGUAAUGUGUCUGAAAGUCCCAGUCUGGAUGGUGCUGCUGCACAGAGGCAUGAGGAAGAGGAGGAGGAGGAGGAGGAAGAGGAGGAUGAGAUCCUGAGACAGACUGCACUCAGUUACUCCUCUUAUAUCCGAGCAGACGCAGGAGAGGAGAUCUCCUGUCUGGAGAAGAGUCUGGAAGAUAUGCUUAUUCGAGUAGACGAGUUUGUGGGGAUGCUGGACAUGAUUCGCAAUGACACCUCUCAGAUCGUGAACAUCAGCCUGCCUCAGAUUCAUAAAAAAGCUGAGGACAUGAGACAGAUUUACAGGAAAAUUGACAAGCUAGAGGCUUUUGUGAAAAUGGUCGCUGCCAAUGUGAGUGUCAUGGAGGAGCAAGUCAUCGAGGCUGAAGGUGAAGCUCGGACGCUACCUGGUGCUUUCAAAAAGAUUUUCCGAACGAUGAACGUCUCUGGAUUUUUAAAUAAACCCUCCAGCCCCAAACGAGCACCGCAGCAGCACCAGGAGAUUCCCUCCGUGUUCAGGACCGAUGAUUUCUUCCCCGCACAGCCAAAACCGUGAUCACGGAAAUCACCGUAGCGUCGAUCUCACGCCGUUCUCACCAAAAAAAAAAAAGAAAAAUAAAAGGUCCGAGACGCCCGCGCGCGUCCGACAGCAAUAUUAGAGCGGUGCUCGUGAAACGCCGAUCACAACCGAGCACUAUUUUAGCACACCGUUAGAUGGCAGCUAGUUUUAUAAUGAAUUUUUUUUUUUUUUAAAGGACUUUUGUUUAAAGUGCCUCUCCUGGAAACAUUGCUGUUUUCACUCUCAAGAACGCAGUAGCAUGCUCACAAAUCGGCAUGUGUCGAUAUCACGUAUUCAUGUAAAAUCUUUCAGAAACGCGGCUGCAGGUUUUAUGUAUUAAUGCAUUUGUUCAAACGCAUUAUUGUUUCUAUAGCAAUGACUUAAACAUAGUGUUGUACAACACGAGCCCAACGUUAAACUUGAAAUACCUGAAACGCUCAACUCUGUAGCUAAAUCAGGUUUGACUCCGCCCCCUUAUCAUUUUUUUUAAUUUCGUUUUGUACUCCUUGUUUAACAUUUCAUCGUGCACGCAAGUGCUGUCUAUAGUCACAACUCUCGAGCGAAUCGAUUCUCUUGAACGACUCCUUGAACCAUCCGUUCUCAAAUUACAAGAAAAGAAUCAGAGAUCGAUUAAUUACAUCCCCUCCUCAAAGGUAGGAGGAGCUACAUCUUGUCUGACUCCACCCACCUGUACACCUUAUAUCGCCAUAGCGACAAAUAUCAAACGUCGGAUCCUCUGUAAACGUAACAAAAUAGAUUAAAAAUCCAAUAUAAUCUUGGCACAUGUUUAACCGACAUGUAGAUAUAUUAAAACAUAAUAUUAUUUAGUGUUAUGAGAUUUCAGUUUGAACCUGAAAGCCAGGAGUUUUGAGGGGUUAAGUCACAUCUCCUCUAGUGAAGAUAUUUUGACCCUGUGUUUGUUUUGUGUUUUAAGUUAAAUAUUUCUAUAUCAUGCAAAUGAUUAUCGACACAUGCCUAAUACCAACAACAGAAGGAAUUUCUGAGGUUUUUAAUUAAGAUCAUGUACAUUUUUAUAAUAGAUUUUUUGAUCUUGGAUUUUUUUUGCCAGGAUUUUUUUUUUGCACUAACAUAACUAACAUCACUGUAGCUUGAAUCACCUUUAUUUCAAGUAUGUGUUUAGUAAAAUAUUGUCAUUUUCUGGAGUUUGAUCAAAUGCCAUGACUGCUUGGGCUUCAUUUUUAGUUCCACUUUAUCCACUUCAGGCCACAGGGAAAGAAAUCUGUGGUCCUGUUCAUUUUGAGUAAAUAAUCUCUUUUUUACACUGAUGAUUAUGAUUGUCAGCUAGCUUGAUGUUUAAGUAGCUAAUUUAAUCAAUUGAUUUGUAAGGAAUGUACAUUUUAUUUAUAAUAAAAAGCAAAAUUAUUGUCUAAAGGA